AUGGUGUCCGCAGCCGCAGCCUGGGCCCUUGGCACGCCCGCGGCGCGCUCGGCCCCGCAGCGGGCACGGACAGGGUGGCGGGCUGGCGCGCCCAACCUCGAGCUGGCGCGCUCGGCCCCCCAGCGGGCUGGCGCGCUCGGCCCCCCAACGGGCACGGACAGGGUGGCGGGCACGCCUUCGAGCGCGGCGAGGGGGCGCCGCCGAGGGGGCGCCCGAUGGCCACCGGCACGGACCCUUGGCACGUCGCAGGCGACCCCUGGUUCACCGCGGCGCGGGUGCCCCAGGCGCCCCAGCCAGCUGCACCGGCGGACGCCGGCCAGGAGAGCAGCGGGGCGGCUGGGGGGCCUGGCCCGCCCGCGCGGCAGCCGCGCGGCCGCGGGCCUCAGCGGCACCUACGUGGACGACUGGGGCAGGGAGCAGGCCCGCCCGCCGACGGCGGCGGCCCGCGGCGACGGCAGUGGGGUGGAGCGCAGGGGCCGCAGCCCGCACGUGAUCCCGUAUGUCGUGAAAUCCUUCUCCGAAACGGGCUACGAGCCAGAAGCUGGGACGUUCGAUGGGCUCAACAUCCACAUCUUCGGGAUGCACGGCACGUGCAGGGACGGCCAGAUCACGUGGCCCAAGAACGGCAAGCGGUGGACGAGGCGGGACCCCGGCAGGGCGGGCGACGGUUGGCAGGCAUCAUCCUCGGGCGCAGGUGCGCAGCCUGCCGUGGCUCGCGACUGGGACCCGGAGGAGGACAGGCGGAGGCUCGAAGAAGAGCACAAAAGCACUAGCACAAGUUGUCGGAGGUCCGUGCGGACCUCCGACAAUCUAUGCGUAUGGCAUUGUCUCUUCUUCUCAAGGCUCAACGAGAAGAAGAUGAGGGCUUUCACGUCGUGCCAGGAGGAGAACAGAGAAAAGGGCGAGCUGCCUGGCCCCAGCAUGCAGGAUGAGGAGGCGCAGCUCUUCUCACGGGAGGCCAUGGGCUUUGGAGCGGGGAUCGAUUUCGAUUUGUAUGACCAGGUCCCUGCUGACAUCACUGGGCCGGCUUCCGAGAAUAUACCACAAUUGGCGUCAUUUGACCAGCUCUACCAGAUAGCUGGUGAUCUCAUACCGCAAGCGCUGAUGGAUAACAUCAGGCGGUGCCAAUUCACCCGGCCGACCCCCGUGCAGAAGUUCGCAAUGCCCGCUGGGGGUCCCUGCACUCCGGAUACGCUGAUUCUGUCACCAACCCGCGAGCUCUGCCUUCAGAUCUUCGGCCAGGCUCUCAAGUUCUGCCACGGCACGAGCUUCCGGUGCACCCGAGUGUACGGCAAAGAGCACGGCAAGGUGCAGGUGCAGGACCUCGCCAGGGGGGCCGACCUUUUGGUGGCGACUCCCGGUCGCUUAUGGGACUGGGUCGAUUGCGGCGUGAUCAGCGUUAAGGAGGUGAAUUCUUUGGUGCUCGACGAGGCCGAUCGGAUGCUUGAGAUGCAGAUGGAGUCCAAUAUCCGAGAGGUGGUAGAGAAGUAUGGCAUGCCAUCGAAGGAACACAGGCAGACUAUGAUGUUCUCUGCCACGUUCCCAGAGCGUUGCCAGAAAUUGGCGGCCGACUACAUGUAUGAGUACAUUUGGGUUGGGGUGGGCGUCAUAGGAGGCGCCUCGAACACGGUGACCCAGCAUGUAGAGCGAGUCGCCCCCGAGGACAAGUUCGAGCGCCUGACGGACUACCUCUACCACUUCCUGGAGAACCGGAGGAACCACGAGCGGCUCAUUGUGUUCACGAACUCCAAAGAACAGGCGAAGGGCCUCGACGAGCAGUUGUUCAAUUCGAACUUUGACACGGGCGCACUACAUGGGGACCUCGAGCAGAAAGAGCGCGAGGACAACCUGGCCAAGUUCCGAAGCGGCGACAUUGAUGUGUUGAUCGCCACGGACCUCGCGUCCCGCGGCCUCGACAUCCAUGGUGUCAGUCAUGUGGUCAACUUUGAUUUGCCCCAUGGAGACAGCGCAAAGGACAAGUACGUGCAGCGCAUUGGCCGCACCGGCCGUAUUGGGCACCACGGCAACAUCAUGGCGGCUGGCGGAUCGGAGAGCAACGUGCCCGAUUGGUUGGCCCAGAAAGCGACAGAGCUCGAGGCGGAGCACAAGGCGUGGAGCGUCAGGAAGGGGCUCUUCUCGGCGCUGCCGUUGGGCUGGGGGGAGGCCGAGCUCGAGCGGCAUGGCCUCGGGGAGUGGAGCGGCACGAACGGUAGUGGGCCGCGCAACGAGGGCGCCAAUUUUGCCUUCGAGAGCCUCGAGCGCAGCUACCAGGCAGGGCAGACCCUGCAGCCCCCCCCGUUCGCGGCGCCCUCCGGUUCGGCCAGCAGCUGGGGGCGAGGCGACCCCGCGUGGAGCGGCACGGCGGGCGCCGCGGCGUCGUCCUCGAGGUGA